GACACCAGUUCGAAACAGCAUUCUCGUAAAGUUAGUCGUUUGCAACUGUUGGGUCUCUCAAUAAGUUACAACAGUUAUCUCAGUUAUUAAAGAAUAUUAUUAAAAUGAAAACCUUAACUAUAAUACUUUUUGCUGCUUUUGUUAUCGCAUCAUCAGCAGUGCCUUCACGAGUCAGACGACAAGGUUUUAAUUGGGAAGAUUACGAUGACAGACUAGAUUCAUCUACUCAACGUCAAAGCCAAGCAGUGACUCCAACAAGCGGCAGUGGUGGUGUUACAACAACUACCACCGCUUCGCCCCAGUAUACAACCUGUAUACGAAGAUGUCCAGUAACACCGCAAUACAACCCUAUAUGUGGCACAAAUAGGAUUACUUACAACAACGAAAGUCAUCUGAGAUGUGCCCAGCAGUGUGGUCUCAGUGUACAAAGAGCUUUUGGUGGAUCAUGUCAGGCGCUUUAAUAUAAUGUGCUGUUAUUUUACGAACACUUGCCUGUCUGUACAUUAUAAGUCUGAUUUUAACUUUUGCACGAAUACAAUUUUUUCAAUAAAUUUUGAUUUAA